GAAGCGCGCGUCGCCUCGGAGCUGCUUCGCUCUCGCUCGCGGUCCCCCUGCCAUGGGGACGAAGGCUCGCCCCGUGGUGCAAUUCGGGAGGCGCAGAGGGCAGAGUCGGGAGUCCACGCCAAAUAACGAAGAUGACAUUAUGGAGGGAAUAUUUCUUCCGGUCGGCGUGGAUCUUCACCAGAUAACUAUACUGCCCAAAGCAGAAUGGCAAAGGAUUCAAGACAGUCUCACUGCCCCAGCUAGAGAAGCAGCACGAAUCCGUGCUGAAAGGAAAGAACGGAAAGAUAUGCACUUAAAAUCUCAAGCCCUUGUGAAAAAUUGGACCAAUACUAUUGCAGGUAUGUCACAAGUAAAGCUGAAAGCCAAAAAAUUGCGGCAAGAGAAGGAAGAGGAAGAAAAAAGAAAAAUUGACCUGGAAGAAGCCAAGUACCAAGCACAGAAGCGAAAAGAAAUGAUCGAACAAGCCACAAUUCAACAAUAUUAUGAAAAUGACAGAGUGAAAGGAUUCCAUAGAGCCCUCUUGCUUACUGAAGUCUUAAAGGAAAGAGAUGCUCAGAUUGAAUUUAAGAAAAUAAAACAAAAGCUAUACUGCAGCAAGGAUGAAGAGAUAGAUCGUGAACAUCAAAAAGCUAUACUAAGAGAGGAAGAGAAAGCUAAAGAAAGGAAAAUGAAGAGACUGCAACUUAGCAAAGAUCAACUGGAACAGAUAAAAGAACAUGAACAUUUAGCAGAAUUGAGCAAGCUAGAAGAAAUAAAAGAAAGGAAAGAGAUUCAGGCAUUGGCCAAUUUAUAUCAACAGGAAAUGCGGGAAAAAGAGCAAAAAGAGCAUGAAGAGAAGCAAAGGUGUAUGCAGGCACAUCAGGAACAUGUUGCUGAUCAGAUAAUCCUUAAAACUAUAGAAAAGCAAAAACAAGAGGAAGAGGAUGAUAAAAUUCGGGUACACUUUAAAGCAAAGCAAGCUAUGGCUAAGCUAAGAAAAGCAAAAGAAGAGGAAAUGUGCAGGUUAAUGGAAGAAGAGAGAGAUGCUAUUACAAGUCGCAUCCUUGCACUGAUGAAAAAGAAGCUUGAUAGUGAUGAUGAGCGCAUUGCUAGAGAAAUUGCAGAAACUGAAGAGGAGCUUGAAAAAGAACGCAAAGAAAAAGAAGAAAAGAACAAAGCUGAUUUGAAAUCCAUCAAAGAACACAGACUUGGUGUGAUAAAAAUUAAAGAAGAGAAAGAAAGACAGGAGAAACUGGAAGCUCAGGAGACACUUCGUGGACUAAUAGAAGCAGACAGAAUCUAUCAAGAACUGGAGAAAGACAAGAAACACAGAAAUCAUUGUGCAAACUUAAAACUGCAAGAAUCCCAUGUCAUGCAAAUAGCCGAAAAAAUGGCUAGACAAAGGCUUGAGAAGCAAGAAGACAUAGAAUAUGUUAGACAAAAAGACCUCAUUGCACAGUACAAGGAGCAGGAAUUCCAGAAGUAUGCAAAGAAAGUCAUUGAUGAGGAAUCAAAGACCACUCAGCAUCUUUAUCCUCUUUUCAAAGCAGUAAAUGAAGGUGCUGCUGGUGUCAGUGUAGCAGUUCAUGGAGACAGUCAUCAGUCAUGUGACAAACAUAUUACUAAGCUACCAUAUUUAGGUGAUACAGCUCAAGAAAUGAAACUAUUAAAUGAACAUGAAUAUGAUCACACUAAGGCUCGACUAGGUUUUACAUGGUAAAACCCUAUUUGAAUGUUUUUGCAAUAAUCCAGAUUGUGAAGAAUUAUAGCAGAAAACUUAUCCUUUUGAGGUAUUAUUGUAAUAUUUGUGAUUAUCUAAAUAUAUUUGCAUAACACUUGAAAAACCAGUAGCUCUGAAUGAUGCGUAGAAUUUAUUUUUUACUUAAAGGGUUUGAAAAACAGGAAUAGAAUUGUAUAGAUGUUCCUAGGAAACUAUUUAUAGUUUAUAAUUCUAUCUAGAAUUUACGCUGUUUAAUUAACUUUCUGCCUUUGUUUGUAUGGACACCAAAAAU